AUGAUAUCAACCAUGGCUCUCUCCCUCCUUGGUCUCUCUGGCCCCCAGGACCUCCAUCGCAUCCUCUUUGUGGCUGGUCAACAGCUGAGUCCCUUCGCCCACAGUCCACAAUCCAGGGCAGUCCUGGCUCUCCCAGGGCAAGAUGCACCCUUCGUACGAGGCAGCAUGACAGAGCUGCAGGUUCGAAGCCACCGGCCAUCGUACAUCAAUGUCAUCCUCAUUCAAUCUCGCGGCCGGCCGGAGCCACACGCAUGCCUUGCCUGCCGGAGUGCUCAUCCAGGUCUUCGGCCAUUCCCAGAAUGCCGUCGCCUGCCUGGCCACUUUGGUGGAGCUUGUGGCAACAAUGGCGUGAUCAUGCCAUUCGCUGCUCCGUACGAGAUGGGGAAGGGGUGGAGGUGA